UUUUAAUGUUGCCUGACCUGUUUGGAAAUGGCGCGAGUGUUUAUAGAAAAUUUCUAUUAGAAAUGUCAAACUGUGAUAUUUAUUGAUAUUUUUAAAUUCAACCUUAGGAAAGUAAACGCGUUUAAAAUGAAUACUGCGUCUGAAGAUUUGUACAUGCAACAGCUUCAGGAAUGCAUAAACGACGACGAUAAAGUCAUUACCGUUCCAACAGCUGCCUUGCUUUUGAAAAUAAACAUUCAAAAAGCAAAGGAUUUGCUUAGUAAAUAUGUUAAAGACAACAAGAAACAUUUAGCCAUUACUUAUAUUAUAACGGGGGUCCUUAAAGAUAAUACCGAAACGGCGGUUUGCAUUGUUAAGGAAGAAGAUUUGGAUAGGAAAAAAGAAGCUUUUAAAAAUGUAUCUGGUGAAACUAUUUACAGCGUUCAGAAGAAUAAAAACAUUGAUUUUAAUGUAAUAAGUCUUGCAACUAGAGACGAACUAGAAAAGCCAAGAGAUCAAGCUUUGUUGGGGUUUGUUGUAAGUAAGAAUUGUGUUAAGAGAGUUAUAAAGGCCAAAAAUCUACCCACACUGCCUGCUCCUACGAUUAGAGGAAAAUCUGCAGUUUUUAUGAAAAAUACUAAACCUGAAGAAAAGAAGGUUGAAAAGACAUCGCCUGAAACAAACAAGGAAAAAAAAAGUAAUGAAAAGGCUGUGGUAUCCAAUAAGAAAGUGGAGAGUAAGGCAAAACAGGGUGGAAUUGCUAAUAUGUUUAGUAAAGCACCACCAAAAACAAAUAAAAGUACAGAAGAUCCCAAAGUUAAAGUUGAAAAAGAUGAGGAUAAGGAAAAUGGAAAGAAAGAAGAAACUAUCAAAAAUGGAAAGGAAGAAAUUAUGGAUGUGGAUGAUGAUGAUGAUGAAGAAGAAGUAGUAGUAGUAAAAAAAGAAAAAAAAGGGAAAGGAAAGAAAACCCCUACAAGUAAGAAAAACGACAAUAAAAGGCAAAGAAAAAAAUCCUCUGAAGGACCCAAUAAAAGAAGAAAAAGAAUCAUUGAAAGAAAUGAUUCAGAUAGUGAUGAUUUGUUUGAAAAAGAGGAAGGUAAUAAUGAACAGGAUGAAUCUGUCAUUGAACCGUCAGAUGAUGAACCUGAACCAGUUACAAUUAAAAAACCCUUAGCAAACAAAAACAAAAAACGAAAAGCUGUUGAAAAAACUUAUGAAGAUGAAGAAGGUUUCAUAGUUACAAAGACUGAAUACAUUUGGGAAAGUGGCUCAGAAAAUGAGGAAGAACUUAAAAAACCUGAAGAAAAACCCGUACAAAAAUCUAAACCAAAGGUGGAAAAGAAAAACAGCAGUAAUUCUGAAACCGAAAUAUCUCCAACAAAAAAAUCCAAAAAGGGCAAAAAGGAAGUCACAAACCAACCAUCAAUCAUGAACUUUUUUAAGAAAAAGUAGUUUUUUUUGUAAUACUUUAUUUUAAUCAAGGAAGUUAUUAUUAAAUUUUAAAUUAUUAGUCUUUUACAACAUGUAUAUAUGUAUAAAUCUCCCAACCUUAUUUAUAUUGUGGCAGUGUUGCCAAUUGGCGAAUAAUCCGAUUUGCGGAUAAUUUUGAGAGUUGCGGUUACCACCUACAAAUAAUUAGGUUAGAAUGGACGUGAGGAACAUGCGCAAUACCAAAAUCGCAUGCAAAAUAUGAAAACAUGGCCACAAUUUUCCAAUUGCGCAUGUUUUAAAUGUCCAGUUGACAGCCCAAAUGCUGGGUAGGAACAAGCCUAUAAUUAAUUUUCUGUCAGUGUAGGGCUGAUUUUGUCCUAUUUUUUUAAAAUAAUAUAACAUGUACUUUUUGUGUAUAAAGGUCUUAAUUACAUACAACAUAUAUUUUAUUAUUUUUAGAAAAUAACACGAAAUUUAGAGAUGGGAAAAUUCCCAUUUGACGAAAAUUCCCGGAAACUUUCCAUCGAAAAUUCCCAAAAUUUUUAUUGCGAAAAUAUUUUUUUUAUGCCAGGAAUUUGCAAAAAUAUAUAACACAUUAACUUUUUGUCAAAUUUUAUUAAGAAAAAAAAAAGAAUGUAACUGCAAUACUAUUUUUAGUAUCUUUUACUUUGGAAUAUUCCUAUUGUAUAGGUACUGAAACCUACAAAAUAAAAAUAAAAUGUUUACUACUAGAAAUUCACUGCUAGGAAAUCCUAGAUAUAACGUAAAAAAAAUUAAAAGGGACAAAGUAACUUUCCAAAACGGAAAGUUUCCUUAAAAUGGAAACUUUCCGAUUCCCAUCUCUAACGAAAUUACACUGGUAGAAAAUUAUCCUUAAUUAUUUGUAUCAAAGUCACCGUGACUUAGUCACGUGGUGGGACUUGUAUGGUUCAGUUCUUUACACUUUUGGUAGUAUCUCCAUUUGAAGAGUUUAAUAAAUAUAUAACAGUAUGCCGUGACAUCAAAUUCAGCAGUGCCAAUGUAGUAAAAAAUAAAACGUAUUUUAAUUAUCAAAUUAAUACUUUAUUACAAAUUAAUGUAUAAUUAAAAAUCAAUUUUUAGGCCAUGAACAUCUUUAAAACAAAUUUUUGAAAGAAUCUAUGGAAAAUAACACUUGUAUAAAAGUGUUAUUUCAAAAAUUUGUUUUCAAACUUGAGAAACAAAAUAGGAUAAUGUUGAUAGCCUAAAACUUGAUAACUUA